AUGGAGGCUGCCUCACCAAGGUGGGGUGCUGGCAGAACCAGACCGCUGGGAAAUUCCGAACUUGAACGAGCCCCUUCUGCCACCUUUGGACGCAUGCCAUAUAACCUUGGCUGGCAGAGUCAUCCCAGUCUGAUGGCUCUGGAAGGGAUGUCAGGACCAGGGGGCAGUCCCUGUGAGCAGACUCUGAGUCACCCAGUUCACCCUACCAGGGCGGCAGUCCCAAAUGAGUCAGGCCUACAGUUUUGGACCACCACUCUCAUCACUGAAAAGGCAGAGAAGGGGUUUGGGGAAAGGGGUGCUCCCCUGGCUAUGGCACUGUCUUUGGAAUCGACUUCUGAGCUAGGAAGAUCCCACCCAGUCUCCACUCACAGGCACAAGGUCUUUGCGACACUUCCUAGGGGAGUGUCCCAGGUGGAAGGGGAGCCACUUCCACCUGGCUUGGUGGAACAUUUUCCUAAUUCAUGUAUAAACCUCUACUGA